AUGGCGACUGGUAAAACUGUGAAAGAUGUCUCGCCUCAUGACUUCGUGAAGGCGUAUGCUUCUCAUCUCAAGCGAUCUGGAAAGAUCGAGCUUCCCACAUGGACAGACAUUGUGAAGACCGGUAAGUUGAAGGAGCUUGCCCCAUAUGAUCCAGACUGGUACUACAUCAGAGCUGCAUCUAUGGCAAGGAAGGUUUACCUCAGGGGAGGUCUUGGUGUUGGUGCUUUCCGUAGAAUCUACGGUGGCAGCAAAAGAAACGGUAGUCGCCCACCACACUUCUGCAAGAGCAGCGGUGGCAUUGCCCGUCACAUCCUUCAGCAGUUGGAGACAAUGAACAUUGUUGAGAUCGACACCAAAGGAGGAAGAAAAAUCACUUCCAGCGGGCAACGGGAUUUGGACCAGGUUGCUGGACGUAUCGCAGUUGAGCCUUGA